CGUAGCUUCUUUAAGGAAGAUGUUCAAUACUCUGCUAUUGUUUGCGACCGGCUUUGUAGCCUUGUGGACCGCUUACGGCGAUUAUGUUCGUGUCAGCACUCCAGAAGGUCAGCCUUCCGAUCGCCCUCCAUAUGUCCUGAUCGAGGAGCCGUGGGAAGGCGGUGUUGGCAACUGGAACAUCUUGGGGAUGGUCCUCAUUCCAGGUCUGACCUUACAGGAAAUGAAACAAGUUACUGACUACAACGCGCGGGUCAAUUACGACCUGCCGCUCUGCCCCAAGGAUGGUAAUCCUCAUUGCCGCGACUGCAGGCCUGGGAAGCCGGACGACUAUUUAGUGAUGACGCAGUGCUGCUUCUCGCACCACUGGGCCUGGAAGAAUAACCGCACCCUUCGCGAUAUCCUCCCUUACCGUUUCCAUUUGGACCCCGUGGCCGAUGACCCCACUAAAGAGCCGUAUUACAGCUGGAACGGCGGGCCCGGUGGCGUAUGGCAUACGGAUCCAUGUACGGGCGAGCCAGCGACGGACAUCACCAAUGGUUCAUAUAUUCCCUUAAGCCUGCGGCAGAAAAGCAAGUAAACACAAAUAUGGCGGCAUAGCGUGUUAAAAGUGCCGUGUUUUCUGCCGUAAUGCGGUUCUUUCCUGAAACUUUGAAAAGUCGCAGGACUGCAAGGGCAUCGCGCAUUAUGUCUACCAGUCCUUCUUAAGAUUCGUUUGUGCUCUGUGUGGUUUUAUUAUCAUCGCGAUAUUUUCUCGCUAUGCUGUUGCAUGAUUGCGAGUACAGUAUU